GCCCCCCUCGCCCUCCUCGCCCCCCGCGGAGUGCGCACGCGCCCGCCCCCAGCUUCGCGCCCAGAUCGCCGCCUAGCUUGCUUGCGCAGCCGCUGUCUCAUCUGCCCACGGACCAAGCAUGGGUGUCCAGGGCUUCCAAGAGUUCCUGGAGAAGCGCUGUCCCGGGGCCGUGGUGCCCGUGGACCUCCUUAAACUCGCGCGCACGGUCUCGCGCCAGCAGCAGCAGCAGCACCUGCAUCGCCAGCUGCCACCGACAGCAGCCCUAGCGCCUGGGGCUCCGCGCGCCGCCAGGGGCUCCGCGCCUCUGCAACCGCCUCUCCCGCCCGCUGCCUUGGGUGCCUACUCCGGGGGCGCGGGGCCGUCUCGCCAUCAUCACCCUGCUCACCACUUCCACCACCACGGCCAGGCGCAGCCCGGGCUGCACCCGCCGCUGCCGCCGCCGCCGCCCCCUCCGCCUCCGGGGGCUCGGGUGCUGGUGGAUGCGGGCUCGGCGCUGCCGCGGCUGUAUGGCGGCUACCAGACGGAUUGGGUGUGUGGCGGCCAAUGGAACGCCAUGCUGGGCUACUUGUCAGCGCUGUGCCAGGCUUGUGCCUAUCCCGGCGGCGACGGCCUGGAGCUCGUGGUCAUGUUCCCUGGGGGCCUGGGCAAGGACCGGCUGGCCGAGUGGGGCCGUCGGUGCCAGGCCGAGCGGCAGACAGCGCAACUGAUCGUGGGACACGUGGGCAACAAGGGCACCCCUCCACCACGGGCCUGGUUCCUGCCACCGGCCUGCCUGAGCCACUGCGUGAGGCUAGCACUCAUCCGCUUCCGGGUCAAGGUCUUUCAGAGCCUUGAAGACCACCAUUUGGAAGUGGUGGCUUUUUUCAGGGAAAAUGGCUUCCAUGGCCUUCUUGCCCAUGACUCCGAGUAUGCUCUCUACAAUAUUCCCUCUUACUAUAGUUCCCAUGCUCUGAAGCUGAGCUGGAAUGGGAAGAACCUUACUACCAACCAGUUCCUGAUGCAGGAGGUGGCCAAGCAGCUGGGCCUGAAGCGAAUGAGUUUUCCCAUAUUUGCUGCACUGCUAGGUAACCACAUUCUCCCAGAUGAGGACCUGGCCGCUUUUCACUGGAGCCUCUUGGGACCAGAACAUCCUCUUGCAUCACUUAAGGUCCGGGCUCAUCAGCUGGUUCUUCCUCCCUGUGACGUGGUGAUCAAGGCUGUUUCUGAGUAUGUUAGUUCCAUCAAAGACCCCUCAAACCUGGAUGUGGUUGGGAAGGAUGUUUUCAAACAGUCUCAGUCCAGGACAGAAGAUAAAAUAGAGCGAUUCAAGAAAGCAGUUGAGUACUAUUCAGUGACAACCAAACUCUCUUCGCUGCCAGUGGGUCCCUCCUUUCUAGGUUUUCGGAAUAAUAGGCUUGGAAAUCCUCCCCUUCCACGACAUCAAAUGGGCACCAUUUCUGCUGGCAAGCCAAUGUUUUCUCACCAAGUACCCCAGAAAAUGAAAUAUCCACCACCAUUCCCAAUGGGACCCAACUCAUCUCUUCUCUUCUCACCCAAUGCUUUGGGGGAAUCCCAUGCUUUUUCUGAGGAUCCCAUGCUGCAGGACAGCCCCUUUGCCAACUGGGCUGUUUCUUAUGACUCCUCUGCAUCUCAGUUUCCCAAUUACCUGACUUCUAAAGCCUCACCUCCUUUGGGACCAGACUCUUCCCACUCCUCUUCCUCUGAUGGUGAUGAGCCAAAUGGAGCUAGCUCCGAUCAUAUUACAGAAGCACUUCAGCAGCAGCCUGAAUGGGAAGAUCCCAAUGGUAACAGAGGUUCUUGGGUACAGCCCGUUGAUCCUGGAGUUUCAGAAGCCAGCCUAGGUGAUGGUGAACCCCACAUCCCAUCUCUGCUGUCUAUGUCUACGAGGAACCACAUGGACAUCACCAUUCCACCCUUACCUCCAGUAGCUCCAGAAGUCUUGCGGGUUGCCGAACACAGACACCGGAGGGGUCUUAUGUACCCAUAUAUCUAUCACGUCCUCACUAAGGGUGAAAUUAAGAUCCCUGUAUGUAUUGAGGAUGAGUGUAACAUGGAGCUGCCUCCAGCUGCUCUCUUGUUCCGGUCAGCUCGUCAAUAUGUAUAUGGAGUCCUUUUUAGUCUGGCAGAGACACAGCGGAAAAUGGAACGCAUGGCCAUACGGCGGCGGCUGCCUGUAGAAGUUCCUUCAGUGAUCCUUAAAGAGUGGUCUGCCUAUAAAGGGAAGUCACCUCAAACCCCUGAGCUGGUGUCUGCACUGACAUUUCGAGAAUGGACUUGCCCAAACCUCAAGAAGCUCUGGCUCGGCAAAGCAGUUGAGGACAAGAACAGAAGGAUGCGGGCCUUCCUGGCCUGUAUGAAGUCAGACACACCCAGUAUGCUCAAUCCAGCCAAUGUCCCCACCCAUCUGCUGCUCAUGUGCUGUGUACUCCGGUACAUGGUUCAGUGGCCUGGUGGCCGAAUCCUGCAUCGCCAUGAGCUAGACACCUUCCUUGCACAGGCAGUGUCUACCCAGCUUUACGAACCAGAUCAACUCCAAGAACUCAAGAUUGAGAAACUGGAUGCCCGAGGGAUCCAGCUUGCUGCCCUCUUCAUGAGUGGGGUCGACACAGCUCUGUUCGCUAAUGAUGCCUGUGGCCAGCCAGUCCCUUGGGAGCACUGCUGCCCCUGGAUUUACUUCGAUGGCAAGCUGUUUCAGAGCAAGCUAAUUAAAGCAGGCCGAGAACGAGUAUCCCUGGUUGAGCUCUGUGAUGGCCAGGCUGACCUGGCAACCAAAGUGGAAAAGAUGAGACAGAGUAUCCUUGAAGGAGUCAACAUGAAUCAUCCACCGCCUUCUGCUCUACUUCCAUCACCUACUUUUGUGCCUCCCAUGGUGCCCUCUCUCUACCCUGUUUCACUGUAUUCCCGAGCCAUGGGCUCCAUGCCACCUCCUCCUCAAGGAAGGAGCCGGGGCUUUUCAGGUCUCCAUCCAAUCCCACCUCAAGGAGGAAAACUAGAAAUUGCUGGGAUGGUUGUGGGCCAGUGGGCGGGCAGCAGAUCGUCUAGGGGCCGAGGAUCCUUUGGCAUGCAAGUGGUUUCUGUCGGUGGGCCAGGAAAGGGGCAUGGAAAAGAACAGACUGGCAGAGGAUCCAAAGGACACAAAAAAGGAAAUAAACAAAGCUUUUCAGAUGGAGUCUCUAAAUCCCUGGAGCUUCAUCAAGGUCGAUCUCGCUCACAGGUAAACGGAAACAAUGGCACAUUGGUCAAGGAAGAGAAGAGUGAUCAUCAUCUUCCAGUCCCAUCACAAUGUGCCUUAUCCAGAGACAGCAACGUGUGUAAUAAUGAUAACCGCUACCUCCCUGUGAAGAAUGGGGAGAAGAACCGCUUACAGGAGCAAAAGCUAGAAACUGUGGCACAACGGAAAGAGGAAUGACACACUGAAGAUGGCUUCACCAGAUCAGGAAGAUGGGAAAACCUGUACUUUUCUGAUUCUAGGCCCAAGUUAGAGGAGAAUAUAAAUGCUCACCUUAGAUUUA